CUUAGCGCAAGAAUCGUGGUUUACAUUUUUUUGGCAGGCUUCAAGGAAACAUAACGCGCACAAGUAGUGGCCUGCAAAGCUGGUAUCGCCUACAAAGCGCAGCAGGGUUGGAAGAAAGUACUGUAACAAAACCCCGUAUGCGUUUGCAUUAGCCCUGUUAGGUUGCCCCUUGCAUAAAUAGCUUGACUGACAAGCGCCACUUUGCAGCGACGAGCCUUCUGGCGUGAUAGUUUGGUUAUACUCAGCUAGGGGUGUCUUAGCGCCGCAUAUAUAUGCAGACGUGACUUCAGCGACUUGCUGCUAGGUGACCGGCUGUUCGUUCAGCCGGAGCCAUGGCAGGAAGCUGGUGAAGUUUGAGCGCAAUGGAUGAAGAGUUGGAUUCUUCUUCCCAAGCUUCUUGCAGCUGCCUACCUCUUGCGCUAUGGUUUGCUGCUGGCUCGCGGGCAGACACGACCUCUGCAGCCAAUGCCAAGCGCCCGAGCCGCAAAAAGGAUGUAGGUCAGCCGGUUUCCGCUCUAUCUACUUCAUCUCUGAACCGGAAGGAGCAAACUGGAUGGCUUCGUCUUCGCAAGCAGCAACGCCCAUCCCAGGCUACCGACAGCACGCGCUGUUGCAGCGGUGGACCUGACAGGUCACUAUCCAUCAAGGCGAUCGGCACAAGCCCCAGUUCUGAUUCGGAUGACUACAACACUCCAUCCAGCGAGCGGGCCCAAAACGCUUCGCUCUUGAGAGACCAGGAGGCUACAGUUCGUCCAUCCUGCCCUCCACUACCCCUCAAUUCGGUUUCCCUUGUCGGAGUUGCACCCGAGUCCUCAGAUACCGGACUUAUUCCCACCUUCAACCUCGCCUUCCAAACUGGCUCCGACUCCGACUCCCCAGCUGCCGGCCGUUCCAUCUUUAAACACUCCAUCUCAUCAGGCCGGCUCACACACAAGCCCUCCCUGCUCAGCCGACCCCCUUUACUCGCAUCCGAGCAGCCCCCCUCUCCACCCCUACUCCUCAACCGCUCCUCCAUAGCCACCACCUCCGCCACCUCCGCUGGCCCUGCCGCUCCUCCUUCCUCCUCCGCUACUGCCACCACCACCGCCGCUGCCGCUGCUGCUGCUGGCGCCCCAUGCCUCGCCAGCGCCCACAGCUCCUUCACCACCGCCUGCAGCAUCCACAACACAGGCGGCGUGGAGCUCGCCUCCACUCCGCUCCCCGUGCUGCCCGCCACAGCCAUCGCGGCCGGCAUCACCCCCUCCACCACCGAUCCGCGGCCCUUCCCCUCGCCUCCCACCCCUGGUCUCGCGCUCCACAAUGGGGGCUCCGCGGGCUCCGGAACCGGUCAGGACAUCCUCGCGUCCAUCCUCUCCGACAGCAACCCCGGCUACCACGGGUACGGAGGGAGCGGCGGGGCCGCCGGCGGCGGGGCUGCUGCUACCGCUACGUCCGCUGGCGGCUGCGGCUUCCCGCCGUUCCCGGUGUCGAGUGACACGUUUCGGCAGCAGUCGCCGCCCACGGGUCUGUCCAGCGUGCUGAGCGCUGAGACGGGCGCGGUGAGCACCUCGGCGGUGGAGCAGCUGAGGCUGCAGCUCAGCGCGGAGCAGCAGCAGGGUGUGGGAUGCCGGCCGAUUGAGGUUGCCAACCUGGAGGUUGUGGGUCAGGGCAGCUACGGGGUGGUGUACCGCGGCGUGUGGCAGGGCGCCGCGGUGGCGUGCAAGUACCUGGUGGCCUCCUCCACUCAGCAGCUGCAGAUCAGCGCCACGGAGGCACUGCUGUCGAAGCUGCUGGCGCACCCCAACGUGGUGCAGACAUUUGCGUGCAAGGUGGUGGAGCUCACGCCAGAUUUUUUUGAGGAGGAGCGGCCCUCCCUGCCGCACCACCACCUCCAGCAUCACCAGCAUCAUGGUGCUGCUGCUGCUGCCCCUGCUUCCGGGGACUCGAACGGUGCUGCUGCUGCUGCCGCUCGGGGCGACUCGCGGCAGUUCCCUAGUGAGCCAGGAGGAGGCGCCAGCGGACUCCCGGGGCGCGCUGUUUCCGGUCAGCUGCUGCUGCAGCCGGCGGUGCUGCCGCCGCAGCAGCAGAGCCCGGCAGGCGAGGCGUCUAGGGGCUAUGGGGGCAGCGGAGACGGUCCAGAAGCCGCCUUGACCCGCUACCUGGUCCAACUCCUUGCCAGCGCAGCCUCCGGUCAAACCGACGCCAGUAGUUGUGCAGGCGAUGAGGCCGAAGGAGGAGGAGCAGGCGGCACUGCUGUUGGCGCUGCUGACCCAGGCACCUCGCAUGCACCCGACAUGUCUGCACCAGCCAGCGCUGAAGUAGCAGCAGCAGCGGGGUCGCGGUGCGGGUCGAGGUCAAGGUCGCGGAUACUAGGAGGAGGGAUCGCCGACAGCGACUCGGUAGGGACUCAGCGAGGUGAUGCCGUCCCGGACCGCAACCGAGUGCUGCAAGUUGCCUGCGCUGGGGACAGCGACAGCGACGCGGUUGCAACCGCCGUUCAGCAGCAGCAGCAUCUCCCUCCUGCCACUCCCCGACCGAGGAGCCUGGGGACGGUGACAUGCAGCGCCACCGCGGCCUUCCUGCUGGAGUCCAAGCCGGAAUCGGCGGCGUUUCAAGCGAUGGCGCCUGGUGGUGUGAACAGCACUGUUGAGAUGACGGCUACUGUGAUGGCUACGUUGAUCACCGCGGCGUCAUUUGGGGACCACCAUCACCACCACCACCCGCAGCAGCAGCAGCCACUGCAGCCACACCACCACCACCACCACCACCACCACCACCAGCAGCAGUCUACGCCGCUGCCGCUCGCUCCCAGUGUGUCGCUGCGUGCUCCGCACUCUGCUGACGAGUUGCUGUCGCAGCAUGCAGAGCUAGGGGAGAUCGGAGGGGCGGGGCGAGUGGGGCUGCGCUCUCAGUCGGCAUCCGCGGAGAGGCUACACAACCCGCUGCCGGUGCCGGUGCUGCAAACGCAAGGACAAGGGCAUGGGCAGGGGAAGCAGGGUAUUUCGCUUUUGGAGCUGCCAUCACCGCAGCUGCUGGAACAAGAGCCGGGUUUCGGAGUGGCAGGGCCGCAAUGCGCCACACCAACCAUUCUGGUGGGGACGGGCUGGGAGCGCUCGGAUGAGGUCAUUGGCGGUGGCGGUGAGGCGCAGGAGUCUGUGGUUGCGCAAGAGGACCGGCCCAUGGGUCAUCAGCCGCAGCCGCAGCAGGUUGCUGUGGCGGUCAUGCAGGAGCCGCCUCCGCCUUUGACGGUUGAAGGGAGUGGGCUGGAGUCCUUCCACAGCGGUGACGGUUUCGGAGCUCCGUACCUGGGUGAAGACGACGAGGGCUCCUCGCACAGCCCGCGUGCGCUGAAGCCCUCGCACGGCCUGGCGGCCCAGUACCGGCAGCUGCUGCGGCAGCUCAAGGCCAAGCCGCGGGACUUCCUCACGCAGAUUAUCAUGGAGUACUGCGAUCGAGGCAGCUUGCAGUCCGCCAUCGACAAGAACCUCUUCCGCGCCUCGCCCCGCUGGACAGCCCGGGUGGCGCUGCGGGCCAUGCUGCGUACGGCGAGAGAGGUGGCCCAGGGCAUGUGCCACCUGCAUGCGAGCCAGAUCGUGCACGGCGACCUCAAGCCAGGCAACGUGCUGCUUCGGAGCAGCCGAUCCGACAGGCGGGGCUUCAUAGCCAAGGUCGCCGACUUUGGGCUGUCCAAGGUGCUGCAGCUGGAGUCCCGCAGUGGCGACAGGGGGGGAGGCGGAGGCGCCCUGGAGUGCGACACGGACGCCACCGGCACGCUGCCGUACAUGGCUCCCGAGGUGCUCAACGGCUCCAUGUGCCCCGCGGCUGACGUGUACAGCUUUGGUGUCAUACUGUGGCAGCUGGCGAGCGGGCAGCGCCCCUUUUCGGACGUGCACCCGGGACGGCUGUGGGUGGGGGUGUGCACCGGGGAGCUGCAGCUGGCCUGGCCCGCGGACACGCACCCCAUGCUGCUGAAACUGGGGCAGGCCUGUUUAAGCUUUGACAAGAAACAGCGGCCGCCGUUUACCAAGAUUGCGCACUGUCUGGGUGUGAUUGAGGCAAACGUGCGGAAUGAGGGCAAGGCGCAGGCAGCAGCGGCGGCGCUGGCGGCGGCGGCUGCAGCGGCGUCUUCCUCUCCGCACCUCAGCAGAUGGAGCGGCUAUGACGCCACGUCGGCUGCGUCGACGUCGGCUGUGGCAUCACCUGCAAUGGGUCCUUAUGCGGACAUGUUGGCUGCUGCUGCUGCUGCUGCCGCGGGUGCUAGCGGCGGCAGCGGCCGCAGUUGGAGUGCCUCGCUGCAACGGCCGCACCCCGUCAGCGGAGGUCUGGUGCCUGCUUCCGCAUCCGCAUCUUUCUCAAUGGCGCAACAGCAACGCCGUGUCAUGGCGAAUUCCGCCGCUUACCCGGUGCACCACCGUUACGCUGCGGGGGCUGCGGUUGGGGGUUCUGCUGCGGUGUACUUCCCGGCUGCCGGCUCCAACCUGUCGGCUGGAAUGAGUGGCGGCGGGAUGGAUGCAGCGCCGCAUGAGCCCAGGAGUUAUGGCGGCGGUGUGGGGGGUGCUGGCAGUGGUGUUAUGUUGUACGAGGGAAGCGGGUACAUCCCACCGCAUACCCCCCCGCAUGCGGGGCACAUCUCGGGCCACACUUCUGGUGCCAUGGCGGCUACAGAGCGUCUUGCCUUGUUGGCUUCAGCGGCAUCUGCAUCUUCGGCGGUGGCGGCGGCGGCGCCGAGAGGUGCCGUCGUACAGCUGCAGCCUAGCAGCCCCUUGUACGGCAGUGCUGUGCAGCAGAGCUGUAGCAGCCUGCCGGUCGGCACCCCUCGAGGAGGGUGGGGAUCCGGUUGGUCUGCGGCAGCAGCUGCAGCUGCGGGAGGUGGAGGAGCGGGUUUCAUGCACCAUCUGCCGCCGCCGACGACGCCCGCUGCUGCAGCUGCGGCAGCGGCGGCGGCAACUGUGAUUGCGACAAGUACGGCAGCUGAUCCAAGUACGACGAAUUUGCCGUAUGUUGGUACGGGGUACGGAGUUUACAGCAACGGCGGCGUUAUCACCAGCGGCAGCGCUGGCACCCUACCGCGGGUGGUGCUUCCCAGCGGUGCGGGCUACAUGGGUGCGGCUGCUGCAGGCGGUGGCAGCGGUCUGGGUGGUGCCACCGGAAACCUCAACAGUGGCGGUUCCGGCAUUGGCGUCGGCUGCGUGGUUGGAGGCGGCGCUCGCGUGCCUGUGUUUGGCUCCAUCUCGCUGGGCUACCUGGACCACCCGCACCCGCAUCUCCAGCACCCCUUAGUGGACGUAGCCCCCUCGCCGUCGCUUCCUCUCCCGCACCCGUACCCGCAUCAGCACUCGUUCUCGCACCCUCAGCACCCCCAGCAGCAGCAGCAGUAUUACCAGCACCCGCAGCAGCAAUUCCAGCAGCACCCGCAGCAGCAUCAUGGCAACAUGCCGCCCAUGCAGGCAUACCGGCUCGCAGCCUCCCAGCAGUACCCGCCGCAGCUGCAAUGGCAGCCGAACCAGCCCUACCCGGGGGAGCAGGUCCCGCAGCAGCACCAGCAGUGGCAGCAGCAGCAAUGGCAGCUCCCCUACGCGGGUCAUGCCUGCAUCUACCCACAUCAGCAGCACCAGCAGCAGCAACCGUUUGGUGGCGGGCAGCAGCAGCAGCAGCUACAACCGCAGCAGCAGGGAUGGUACCUGCCACCCCAUGCGCAGGCCUACGCCGCCGCAUUGGGAGCCUCCCCCUCCCUGCUGCAUGCUCCAGGCCACGUCCCUUCCUUGUCCGCCUCCAGCGCCACCGUCCUGCCGUACGAAGCAUACGCUGCGUCCCUUGCCGCUUCCCCGGAGGCCGCUGAGGGGGCGGACUUUGUGCAUUACUCUGCUGGCAUGGAUCCCCAGCCACUGCACCCGCCGCAACACCCGCAUGCACUCCAGGGGGGUUGGGAGGAGGGUCGGCCGCCUGCACCGCAGCAUUCGUCAGCAACGGCGGGGCACACCCUGCAAGACCUGCGGCAACAUGCGAUACAGGAGGGGGACGAGGAGGGCGGAUGAGGUGGGGCAGGAGUUCGGGGGGGUAUUGGGUGUGCUCGGGGUUGCGUUUGGAAGGCUGGCCAGAAGAUUGGUAUCAAGGUGGUUUAGGGCGUGAAGUAGUGUGGCGCUGCCUUGCCGUUUGGGCGAUGUUGCGUAGAAGAGGAUAGGGAGUAUUGAAGUAAUCAAGGGGAUUUUCAAAAUCUGGGCUGCAUGUGUCAGGGUGGGGUUCGGUUGGCGGGUUCGGGGUUUACUGUUAUUCCAGGUUUGGCUGACGCGGUUUGGUAGUUGGCGAGAAAGCGCGUGUUACUGAGAGCUGUUCAAUGGAUCGGGUGAAGCAUAUUUUUCAUCCUGGAGGGCUUGGCCCCAGCCUGUUUUGGUAGCAACAAAUGUACCGGAAAAGCGUUACGUAAGCGAUUACCACUGAAUGGAUCGGGCACAUCAGAAAACAAUUGUGUUUUUGCCUUUUGUGGUGCACCUCAGUUUCUACCUCGCGAACAUUGAUAAUAGUACUUUUGUACGUGUGUGCAUGUCUGGUAGCAGCGUUGAGCAUGGUUGGGUGAUUGGUGCGUGAAGCGGUGGAACCAGUUGCUGUAGCAGCAGUGGUGGUUAGAGGCAGUUAGGGCACUGCACUGCUGAAUGACGGUUAGGCGGUGAUGCUCUGACAUGGCGGGGCAAGAAGCAAUGAAAGCGGUGGACUGGCGUGAAUGUCUCUUAGGCAGGUGGAUCUGUGAGCAGCAGCGCUGGAGAUAGGUGAAGGCAAGAGACGGCAUUUGCAGGUUGCAAGUUGUUCAUGGGAUGGCGGCAUGGAGGGCGCUGUGGGUGUUGUACGGCCAAGCAUGUCGUACGAGUAUGUACGGCUCCUUGUUCCUGACGUUGUGGCGCAGGCAGUACGCUUUUGUAGGCAGGUGGUUGAUCAUUUGAGGUACUGUGGGGCUGUAGCUAGCUCUUUUCUAUAGAAUAAAGAGGAGGCGAAAACACGUUGCAUGCACCAUCCCUGCGGGUUUAGUGGUUAAAUCCAUUGAAUACCGGUACAAGGCGACAUGCUGUCGAUGUCGUUUCAACCUUGGAUGUGUUUGAGAGCACAUGCGUGUUUGGGCGGUUGUGGGUGAUGGUGUCCUGGGCAGCAGUGGGCGGACAAUGUGUAUGACGCCCGUGUGACAGGGGGGCUGCGAGGACGUGUGAGCCAAGGAGGGAGGUGAUGGUGGUGGUGGCGCGAGUGUUAGCUGCUGCUAGGGAUGUGCGCUACAGGUGUGCACUGUGUUGAUGGGUGGGCUGUGAGCUACGCAUAUGUGCUGCGAGGCGGGCGGGCAGGGCGUCAACCUCUGUUCGUUUGUUGUUCUUUUCGGCUUUUGGGGCUGGAAAGGGAUCUGCAUUGUCUCUCUGGGCGCUGUUGACGUCGUUGGCUUUGCAAAGAGCGGUACUCCUCCUUUGCAAAAGGGUUACACAGGACGCACGCGACGUUGUCUUGACUUGGCCUGCUCAACGCAUCUUACUAGUACCUCGUGACUGAUUAGCUGAACCAUACAAUUAUGGAGCGAAAGGGUGUUUCCGAACUUGUGUGUUUUGUCGUUAGACGCCAACUGAACUGCGUCGUUUGCCCACCGGCGUUGCAUGGAACAAUCACAGAGUGUGCCUAUCUGCUUAACGGCUAUGCUGCUUUUGAGAUAUGGAAGGAGGGAGGAUGAACUGGAUGAUGCAAGCACAGAGAACGGCGUGUGGUGAUAGGCGUGAUGCGCCGUUUACAUGAAUAAGGCCCGUUCAUCCCGGGGGGGCCUGGACCCUUUGGCAUGCAUGCGGAUCGGUUGGAAAGCCAUGCAAGGAGGGGCAUGCAAGGAGGGAGGCCGGUUUCAAAUCAGCCGUUGCUUGGUGGACGAUUACCUAAGAUGCUGGCUGCUGCAGGCGCUGCUGAUGCUCGUCUCGCCGGUAACGUAACGUUUUCUGCUGCUAUGGAUGUCUUGAUGGAUCUGCGGUUUGUAGGCCAGCAUUUGUACCAUGCUUGCAUUUGUUGGGGUUGGGUCCACAGGUCUGGUCGGGUUGCGUCCCUUCGAUGCUGUCAAAAAGUCUCAGGCCGUGCGGGUGUUUCAGCAAGCACACUCUCGGAGAAGCUGGGCCGACGUUUGCUGAGCUCAGCCCGUGUUGUUGUGUAGGGUCUUGUCGCGGGGGGUGGUGAUGCUGCAAGUGGAAAGCGGUGUUAUUGCAUACACCGUGCUUGGAAGGGCCCCCCCACAUGUCUCGCCGGUUGUACGUUUCCCCGCUGUUCGCGACCCGUAAGUCUGCAAGCAGCCGGGGCGGCAGUUGCUGUUGUGAGUGGGGGGUGUGCAGGGGAUGCGUAUAAUACCUACUCUAUAACCGCUAAGUUGACUGCUGCCGUGUGCCGUACAACCCACCCAACUGCCGCAGCUUCUCGACUACCUUGGUCACGUUGCUGUUGCGGUACGGGUGGUCGUACGCCACAUGUCGUACGUACAUGGCCUGUUGGCGUUUGGAUUACCUCGUGGCGGGGUGGCCCAUUGCUUUGCUAACGCCGUGACCAAGAUGGUGCCCAGCAUGUUCCCCCAUGGCUAGGUAUUAGGGUGAGAUCCCCCUCCUACCAUGUCCGCUUAAGUAGAUGGUGCUGAUGAUGUUGCACACGCGUGAAGGAGUCGUGAGUCGUGACACAUUGCUCAUUAGGGUGUUGCGUCGCGAUAUGAUAACAGGUCACACACAGUUGCUGCCGUGAGCUCUCUCCUCGCACACCGCCAUUCAUCUGGAGUACGGCAGUCCGCUAUAACCCAUUCCGCUGCUGCUGUGGAUUCAGUGCCGCCUUGUUCCGCCGCCUCCAAGUCGUGAGCCUUCCUUUUGCGCGCUGCCUCUCUCCUGUCCUGUAGUAGGCUUGGUGUCAUAGAGUAACACAGGAUGGUGUCAUGGUGUCAUAGUGUGUGGGCAUUUUCCUGGAUCCUGGAUGGUGUGCAGCUACCGGUGAAUGCAGUUCGGCAGCGGCGAUGUACCCUGGUGGUUUUCACGAUACCAGGCAGCAUGGGAUACACGCUGAAGUUCAUCCGGGCAGCUGGGCCUGUACCCUGCUUGCAUAUUGGAUGUGGUCUGCCUGCAUACUGCAGCAUCUGCUGCGCAUCAUGCAUGGUGCUCUGGAGGCAACAAUUAGCAUGUCCAGCUUUACUGUCAUCGUGGAUAGGUGCAUAUCGUGCAACGAGGAGGAUAGGAAAAGAGGGGUCAAGAGGGGUGUGGACAGUAGCGGUGGAUGCCAAACUUGUAUGCAUGGUGUAGCCCAAUACGAUGGCUGCUGGUGG